UGGAAAAACGGUCUGUCUCUGCCACUUGUUCAGCUGGAAAUGGAGGGGGAAAGAGCCAAACCUGGAUCCUGGUGUCAGCAAAUGGCUUCAUACAGGAUCCAACCUUACUCGAAGAAGUCAGUUUGCAGUUUGCCUCCUGGGCCACAGCCUCUUCCUCUGAUUGGAAACUUGAACGUGGUGGACCUGAAAAAGCCGUUCCAGUCACUGACAGAGCUAUCCAAGACAUAUGGCAACGUCUUCACCGUGCAUUUUGGACCCAGGAAAGCCGUGGUACUGGCUGGAUAUGAAACCAUCAAGGACGCCCUUUUAAAUCAUGCUGAAGAAUUUGGAGAGAGGGCAGAAAUACCCAUAUUUAGGAAAAUGACACAAGGAAAUGGCAUAGCAUUCAGCCAUGGAGAACUAUGGAAAACUAUGAGAAGAUUUACCUUGUCUACACUGCGAGAUUUCGGAAUGGGAAAGAGAACCCUUGAGAUCCGAAUCCUGGAGGAAGUAAAUUCCCUUAUCAAAUAUUUUGAAUCCUAUCAUGGGAAACCAUUUGAUACGAAAAUGAUACUCAACAAUGCUGUAUCCAAUGUCAUCUGCUCGAUAUUGUUUGGAGAGAGGUUUGAAUAUGAUGAUCCUGUAUUUCUAACUUUGCUGGAGCUGAUAAAUCAAAAUGCUAAGCUGUUGGGCUCCCCUAUGGUGCUGUUAUAUAACUUCUACCCAUACCUUGGAUUUCUCUCUGGAGCUUCCAAGACUGUGCUACAAAAUAUCAGUGAAUUGAACGCUUUCCUCCAGAAGCUCUUCCAGCAACACAAAGAGGAGCUUAAUGAAAAUGACUUAACAGGCUUUGUUGAUGCCUUUCUGGUAAAGCAACAAAAGGAGUCAAAGAAACCCCACACUAUGUUCGACAAUGGAAACCUGAUGUUUUCAACCCUGGACCUCUUUGCUGCUGGGACUGAAACUACAUCUACAACUGUGCGCUGGGGGCUCCUUCUGAUGAUGAAAUACCCAGAAAUUCAGAGAAAAAUUCAAGAAGAAAUGAACCGUGUCAUUGAACCAGGAGAGCUGCCCAAGUUGGAGGACCGGAAAAAAAUGCCUUAUACAGAAGCAGUGAUACAUGAAAUACAAAGGUUUGCCAAUAUUGUCCCUAUGGGUGUAUCACGAUCAACUCCCAGAGAUGUGAAUUUCCGAGGCUAUGUGAUUCCUAAGGUGAGCUUUGAGGACAGCAGCUUAUGUUGUGCAGAUUCCUUACACUUUUCUUUGAAGCAGACAAAGAAAAAUACAAAUAAUUAAAGACACCAUGAUGCAUGUUUUCAUGUGACCCUUUGUCUUGGAUCCAGGAUAACUUGCAGCAUACGAUGGACUGUGGUCUGUUACAGCUGUUUGAAUCUUGAAUAACCAUAAUUAAAUCGCACUGGUUUGAAUCUUUUAUGUCAAAUGUGGAGCAUCUACUUCAGCACCUUUCUUGAAAGAUCUAACUCUGUAAGAAACCAAUGUUUUGUGAUCCAAAAAAUAAAACAGCAGCUACUGAUAACAGGCAGAACCACAAUGGGGCAGGGAAACAUCCCCAGUUCUAUUUGUCAUGGCUCAAUCUUACUUGCCUCUUCACAUUAGAAACAAGAAAGCAGUCUGGCUCAACUAGGAGAGUGAUCUCCUCUUCCAUGUGUUUCUUUGAUCCCUUUCAGGGUACUGAGAUUAUUCCACUGCUGACCUCUGCUCUGAAUGAUGAGUUACACUGGAAAACCCCGGAUCAGUUCAACCCUUCCCAUU